AGGCCUAGCUGUGCACAGCUGGAUGAGCAAAAUCAAGCGCAACUCCUCAAACAGGAACAGUCACUGUCACACAAUGGACAGGGAUAGUAUGAUAGAGCUUUAUUUUAGGCUGGGAAUGAAGUACAAAGACAUUUUGAAAAGCCUGGCAUUGGAGGGAUUUAUUAUUAGCGAGAGGCAUCUCCACAGACUAUUAAGAGCCAGGUCGCUGCACCGGCGUAGGUACGACUUGGACGCCGGGAUUGAUUUCAUUGUUGACCAACUGCAAGGCUCUGGAAAGGAUCACGGUUAUCGGUGGAUGUAUACAAAGUGUAUACAACACGGAAUUCGUAUCCGAAAAGAAGACGUCAGGAUCCUCCUCUCUCUGCUGGACCCCGUUGCUUCACAACUUCGACGGACCAGACGUCUCUCGAGGAGGCAAUAUUUUGCUCAGGGACCUAACUUUGUGUGGCACAUAGACUCAUAUGACAAACUAAAGCCAUACGGGAUAUGCCUUAAUGGCUGCAUUGACGGGUUCUCACGCAAAGUCAUGUGGCUGCGGGCCGCUCGCACCAACAGUGACCCGAAAGUCAUCGGGGGGUACUUCGUAGAGACACUGGAGCGCUGUGGGGGCUGCCCCAGGCUCGUACGGACUGAUAUGGGCACUGAGAACGUGGUUGUCAGAGACAUUCAACGGUAUCUACGGAGAGAUGACGUGGACGAUAGAGCAGCGGAGAGAAGCUAUGUCACAGGGGCAAGUACUGCAAACCAGAGAAUUGAGAGCUGGUGGGGAGUGAUGAGAAAACAAGGAAUCGAACCAUGGAUCACGGCUGUAGGAGAACUGAAGGAUGAGGGAUUCUUCUCCGGGGAUUUCGUUGACAAAGCUCUGUCACAGUUCUGUUUCAUGUCAAUUAUUCAGGAGCUAUUAAAUGACAUCCAGGGUGUUUGGAAUGCUCACCGUAUAAGGCCCUCCAAGAACCCCAACGUGCCAAGUGGGAUACCUGAUGUCAUGUACAUGGCCCCUCACCUUUGGGGUGCAGAAAACUGUCUUGUUCCACUAACUGAAGAUCUGACUGCAUGUAAACACAGCUGCACAUUUUUAAGUUCAGUCCCAUGUGAUGUGGAUUUGUUUGAUUUGUGCACAAUAAUAAUGGAAGAAUCAAGCUUGGAGUUCCCGUCUACCAUGUCUGAUGCUGUUGAUUUAUAUAUUCAGCUGAGGGACACAGUUCGUCCACAGUUAUUUGGGCCAAUUUGAGUGGACAAAAGCACAUAACAAAUCACAACACAUUAAGAAAGUGAUGUGUAAUAUAACUGUAUAUGCUAUAUAUAUAUAUAU